AUGAACCUGGCAGUUCGGUUUGCUUCCGCAACUGCUUCAACAGAUUUGUUCACGUUCCAGCAGAGGGAGUACCUGAUCACUGUGGACUAUUACUCGAAUUACUUCGAGAUUGACAGGUGUGAGAACACACGAGCUGCGACUGUAGUCAAGAAGCUCAAGGCACAGUUCGCAAGGCACGGUAUCCCAGAUGUGGUUAUCAGCGAUAAUGGACCACAAUUCACAGCUGAAGAGUUUGAGAAGUUUGCCAGAGAAUGGAACUUCAAACACCAAACAUCCUCGCCAGGCUAUCCACAUAGUAAUGGAAAAGCAGAGAAUGCAGUCAAGACAGCCAAGCAGCUGAUGGAGAAAGCAUUCAGAGGAAAGACCGAUCCGUAUCUAGCCUUGCUAGAUCUCACGAACAUGCCAACGCAAGGUGUUGGGAGCAGCCCAGCACAACGGCUGUUCAACAGAAGAACCAACACAACAAUGCCAGUGAGAAGAGCCUUACUAGAGCCAGAAGUGCCUAGUGAGAUCCCAAGAAAGCUCCAGAAUGAGAAGGAGCGACAGCGUAAAUACUACAACAGACAGGCAAGAGACUUGCCCAAUCUCCAAGUUGGAGACACCGUGAGAUGCCAGCCGCUCACCCCAGCCAUCAAAUAUUGGAAACAAGGAACCGUUGUGGCAGAACAUGGGAAGAGAUCGUACGAAGUGCAGACAGAAGAUGGCGGCAGAUACCGUCGAAACAGAAGGCAUCUGCGUCACACGAGAGAAAUGGCGCCAAACAUGGACGUCAUGGAGGAAGAAAACAACUCUCCAGGUCCAGCAACGACCACGACAGCAACGGCAACAACAACAGCAGCAGCCGAGACAGCAGUGCCAGUGCAACACACAGCUGGACAACAGAUGACAACGAGGUCCGGUCGAGCUGUGAAACCGCCAGCGCACCUGAAGGAUUACGUCCGCGAGUGA